GAACAGGGAAGUGUGGAGAAAGUCGUGAAGACCGCUAUCUUUUUUCAUGCUUCAUUCUUAGAACUUGGAAACAAAAAUGAAUCCUUUGGAAUAUGAGACUUCUAAGAGGUACUGUAUAAGAACAAGACAUGUGGUCAUUAUUUGUGCUGUGGUGGUUGUUGUGGGAUUAAUAGUAGGACUUUCCGUGGGACUAUCUUGCAAGACAUCCGAGGAUUCUGGACAAACUCCCAACAUACCGGGCUCUUCAACUCCUGGACCUUCAACUCUUCCUCCACAUGAGGCCAGUCCUUGCCCUGCCAAUGCUGAUGAAAGUGGUCAGUGGACAAAUUUCCGACUGCCCGAAUACAUCAAACCUGUGCAUUACGACCUGGAGGUGAAACCUGUGAUGGAAGAGGAUACUUACACAGGCACAGUCACCAUCCAUAUCAAUGUGACAGAACCCACCAAACAUCUUUGGCUGCAUAUUCGGGAGACAUGGAUCACCAACCCCUCUCCAGUGCUAAAGAAAUCUUCAGGUGAGCAGGUCCCAGUGAAGCGGUGCUUUGAGUACAAGAAGCAAGAAUAUGUGGUGAUUGAGGCUGAGGAAGAACUGCCUCAAAACAUUGGAGGAAGCACCUAUCUCCUGACCAUGAACUUCAAAGGCUGGCUGAAUGGCUCCCUUGUUGGGUUCUAUCGGACCACCUACACAGAGAAUGGAAUAACCAAGAGCAUAGCAGCUACAGAUCAUGAGCCAACGGAUGCACGGAAAACAUUUCCUUGUUUUGAUGAGCCCAACAAAAAAGCAACUUAUACAAUAUCUAUCAUCCAUCCAAAAGAAUAUAAUGCACUUUCAAAUAUGCCAGUGGAGAGAGAAGAAGAUGUGGAUGACAAAUGGAAAAAAACCAUUUUCAUGAAGUCUGUUCCAAUGAGCACAUACUUGGUGUGCUUUGCUGUACAUCAAUUUACGAGUGUGACUAGAACUUCAGCUAGUGGAAUUCCUCUCAAAAUCUAUGUCCAGCCACUUCAAAGAGAAACAGCCGAAUAUGCUGCAAACGUCACAAAAGUUGUAUUUGACUACUUUGAAGAUUAUUUUGCAAUGAAUUAUUCCCUUCCAAAAUUAGAUAAAAUAGCCAUUCCAGAUUUUGGCACUGGUGCUAUGGAGAAUUGGGGUCUUAUUACAUACAGAGAAGCCAAUUUACUUUAUGAUCCUCAGGAAUCAGCCUCUUCAAAUAAACAGAGAGUGGCUACUGUUGUGGCUCAUGAACUUGUUCACCAGUGGUUUGGCAAUACUGUGACCAUGGAUUGGUGGGAAGACUUGUGGCUAAAUGAAGGAUUUGCUUCUUUCUUUGAAUUCUUGGGAGUAGAUAAGGCAGAAAAUGAUUGGAAAAUGCGUGACCAGAUGUUACUUGAAGAUGUUUUGCCCGUGCAGGAAGAGGACUCCUUGAUAUCUUCUCAUCCAAUUGUUGUAAAUGUGACAACUCCUGCUGAAAUAACCUCUGUAUUUGAUGGAAUAUCCUAUAGUAAGGGAGCCUCCAUUCUUAGAAUGCUUGAAGACUGGAUAACCCCAAAGAACUUUCAACUUGGAUGUCAACAAUACUUGAAGAAAUAUAAGUUUGGAAAUGCAAAAACAGAUGAUUUUUGGAAGGCACUGGAAGAGGCAAGUAAUAAACCAGUGAAAGAAGUAAUGGACACAUGGACUAGGCAGAUGGGUUAUCCUGUUUUGAAUGUAAUAGAUAAUCGUAAGCUGGAACAGAAACGUUUCCUGUUGGACCCCAAAGCAGAUUCUUUGCAGCCACCUUCUAUUCUUGGUUACAAAUGGAAUAUUCCAGUUAAAUGGUCUGAAGAGAACAACGAUAAUUUUACUUUCUACAAUAUGUCAGAGAAAGAAGGAAUCAUUUUGGACUCUAGUGGAAAAGUUUUUCUGAAAAUAAACCCAGAUCAUAUUGGAUUUUAUCGUGUAAAUUAUGAAGUAUCAUCUUGGAACAUGAUAGCUACGAAGCUUUCCAGCAACCACUUGGCAUUUUCUUCAGGUGAUCGGGCAAGUUUUUUUGAUGAUGCCUUUGCUUUGUCAAGGGCCAAUCUUCUAAAUUACAAUGUUUCUCUGAACCUGACCACGUAUCUGAAAAAUGAAACUGACUACUUACCAUGGCAGAGAGUUAUAUCAGCACUAUCUUAUGUGUCCAGCAUGCUAGAAGAUGAUACAGAGUUGUAUCCUUUGCUUAAGGAAUACCUCCGCAGUCGAGUGAAACCUUUGGCAGAUUCUCUGGGUUGGAAAGAUGAAGGAAACCAUCUUGAAAAGUUACUUCGUGCCUCAAUCCUGGGGCUAGCAUGCAAGAUGGGGGAUACAGAUGCAUUGAACAAUGCUUCUGAAUUAUUUAAGAAGUGGCAAAAUGGAGUGAGUCAACCUGUGAAUCUCCGACUUCUGGUGUACCGAUAUGGAAUGCAGAACUCAGGUGAUGAAGCUUCAUGGAACUACACUCUCUCACAGUACCAGAAGACCACUCUAGCGCAAGAAAAAGAAAAAUUACUUUAUGGAUUAGCAUCUGUGAACAACAUAACCCUUUUAUCAAGAUAUCUAGACCUUCUCAAGGACUCCAAUCUCAUUAAAUCCCAGGAUGUGUUUACUGUUAUCCGAUAUAUUUCAUAUAAUAACUACGGCAAGUACAUGGCCUGGGACUGGAUACGAUUCAACUGGGAGUAUUUAGUCAACAGAUUCACUCUGAAUGACCGAUACCUUGGCAGAAUUGUGACUAUAGCAGAGCCUUUCAACACUGAGUUCCAGCUCUGGCAGAUGGAGACCUUUUUUAACACAUACCCUGAAGCAGGAGCAGGAGCAGCUCCUCGACAGAAAGUUCUGGAAACAGUGAAGAAUAACAUUGAAUGGUUGAAACUUCAUAGAGAAGACAUCAAAGCGUGGCUGCUUGAUUCUACCUCUUGAAAAAACUAAGGAAAUUUAAAAUAUAUUUAAAUUUGAUAAAUUUUCAUUGAAUAAAUUAAUGAAUUCUUUAAGCA